AUGUCAACCAUUCUGAAUCUAUUCAACAGCAAACAAUUUGUUUCAUUUUAUAAUGAAAAUGAAACAUCAAAAGUUAACCUCGUAAAGCUUGCAAUUAAAGAAGACAGAGAUGAGUUUAGAGUAAAUUAUGAAACAGGUUUAGAAAAUCUAAAAAAGCUAAUCAUAGAUAUUGACAAAGAUAAAAAUUCUUCAGUUGCAAAUGAAAUCAAAUCAAUAAUUGGAAAAAAGAUUUUGGAUCAACCAGACUAUUCCGACGUUCUUCUUUCUAUUUUUAAGGCUCUAAAUCCACAUAUUCCAAAAAUGUUUACACCAAAAGAAAUCGGAUAUUUAAGUUCAAAUAAUCAGCUGAUUCAACGAUUAGCAGAUGCAACAAUUAGAGUGUGCUUCACUGAUUGCGAUGAUCAGGACAAUGUUGAGUUAUUUUUCGAUUAUUGUACUUCAUUCAAUCAUUUAAAGCUGUUGAAAAUGAUUUACACAGCAAAAACGUCAUUCGAUGAUCAAUCUAAUAGUAGAUUGACGAAUUUGAAUAAUCACAUCAAUCUGUACAGUCUCCGAAAUUCAUUCUUUGAUGACCAAAUCGGUUACUUUCCUACUUUCAAUUCAAAUAAUAUCAAAUAUUUAUUCAAGGAUUUGAAAUCCAUGGACAUAGUUCCAAAAGAUAUGGUUAAAAUAAUUUAUAACUGGCCAUACGAAGACCUUCCAAUAAAGAUAGUCAAUGAAGCUGAGUUAGAGAAUCUAAUGCUUCUAAAUUUAGAUUGGUCUCGGAGGUUAUUUUCAAAAGCUGGAAUUGAGUUUUUAGAGCAACGGCGAAUGCAUAUGGAGAAUAAUGAUAAAAUUCAUACGUCAAUUCCUGACAUAAUAGUGAAAUACAAGAACCACGAAGUUCCUCUUGAACUUAAAUUCCAAGAUCUAAAAAAGAUCUUUAAUGAAUUUAAGCUGAGAAGGAAUGACAAUAGUCAAGCAUCUAAAUUACUCAUUGAGUAUUUCAGUCAAUGCUUUUUGCAGUUAUUAACCACAAAAUCGAGAUUAUCAUUAUUAUCAGAUGGUACAUUCGUCAUUGCCUUCUUAUUGGAAGUAGAACCGCCUGUUAUAGCCGAUAUAACGGAAGAGUUAAGGCCAAUAAGAUGUUCCUUGACAAUUUUUGAUUCCAAGGAAGAUAAAUUUGACGUGUCGUUAUUUAUUUUAUUGUUUAUCAUUCAGAAUGAAGAGAAAUUGACAUUCGGAGAAGAUGAAUAUAAAAAUUACUGUGAUGCAAUCACUGUUAGUAACGAUGAAAAAAUUGCAAGAACCGUACAUCAUUAUCAAAUUUUGGAAAAAUUCUUUGCAUGUUUCCUUGAAGUACGCAACAGUCAUCGCCAACAAGAACCAGUUCGUCCAGGUCUGCUGGAUAUGUUAAGUGUGAUUACUGAAGAAAGUCUGGAUCUGACUCACAUUGCCAAGAAGGCGAAAUUCGAUGCUUUGGAUAAAAAUAUUGAAGAUAGUGAAAAUGCUGCCGAUAAGUUCGUCGGAACUAUUCUUGAUUAUAGACUUAAAGUGUUAUUCAAUUCCAUGGAUUGGUUUCCUUUUGUGAUAUUAGAUGCAACACGGUUAGCUAAUUGUCAAAUAAUUAGUGGAGGUGUCUUAUACGAAUCUUACUCAACUGUUUUACUUCACAUGGGUCUAGUCUACAAGGUUAUAGACCCUGUAAGAUUGAAGGUGGACAGGAUAGUUGAUUAUCCUAGUUUUUAUCAUCGUAUAAAAGCUAUGAUGCAACUCUUUGAAAGAAUUGAUUGA